GAAGUGGUCCAAGACUGGUGUUUGGAAGUCGUGAAAAAAGAGAGCGAAAAAGAAGAGAGAAAUUUUUGGGAAAUUAUGAGAAGUCUUCCUUUAUCCUAGUUUCCCUCAUUUGCAAACAAACUGUAAAUCCAACAGAAUUCUACUUAUAGUGAUCGAGUUUGCACAUGGCAUCGGUUGAUAAAACUAUGUUUUGUUUCUGUCAUUGGGGUGGUGUCAAUGAGAUUGGGAGCGAUGGAUCUGUCACGUACGAGGGUGGUACCACUGAGCAGUUUCUAGUGAAGUCGGGUAUAACAUUCGACGAAUUUAAGAACCUUGUUUUCGAUAGACUGGGGAUUGAGCCCUUGCACAAAUUGUUGCACUUUACUGUAAAGUUCAGCCAGAAGCAAUUAAUACGCUUGAAAGACCAGGAAGGAGUGGAUCAUCUAAUACAAUUCAAUGAUGAUUUUGCGCAUGUCUACGUUAUAAAUGAUGAGAAAGCUCUUACUGUAAAACCAGUCAUGGAUCGCACCAUGCUUGUUGUGGAGCCCAUCGCACCUGUUGUGGAGCCCAUCGCACCUGUUGUGGAGCGCAUCGCACCUGUUGUGACUCGCAAGAGGAGAAAAGUAGUUGAGGUCGAACCAAACGAAACGCAAUCUGAGGAAGAAGAACAUGCUAGUGAGAACCACUCGGCAUCCACGUCUGUAACUACGACAUGUAAUGAUGCAGCGCUUCUUGCCCCUACUGCAUGGGAUGAAGCAAUUGUUGGGGAAGGGCAAGCAUUUGAGAAUCCUGACGCAUUUAGGCAAGCAGUUUUCAAGUACGCCAAUGCCAAGAAGUUCCCAUACAAAUAUACUUCUAAUACCUCCAAGUACAUGCUGGUAAGAUGUUGCAUUGACGGGUGCCAAUUUAAACUUACUGCCAGCCACGAGGCUUCUACAAACUUAUUUUCAAUUAAGAAGUUUGUUGGCCGUCAUUCGCAUUCUCUAACGGAUCAAACAAACUAUAAACCCCAAUUCAGGGGUAAGAUGGUCAGUAGUAUUAUUAAGGAAGAGAAUUUGGAUUGUCCGAAAUUGCCGCGAGAACUUUGCAAUGACUCUUUGAAGAAUUUUUCCAUUCCUUUGACCUAUCUUCAGGCAUGGCGUGUAAAGGAGAAGGUAAAGAAGGAACUCGAAGGAGAAUUGGAGGACCUGUUUAAGCUAAUACCUGGGUUUUGCAAUCGCUUAAUUGAGCUUAUGCCUGGAACGGUAGCUACAUGGUCAUCUAAAGAAGACAACACGUUCAAGAGGCUCUUUGUUGCAUAUGGAUGCUCAAUAGGUGGCUUCCAUGCUGGGUGCAGGCCUUUGAUUUUCAUUGAUGUUCGCCAUUUGAGUGGUCCCCCUGAAGGCAGUUUAGUGGUUGCUUCCUCUUUGGAUGCAGAUAAUGGGAUGUAUCCACUUGCUUAUGGUGUUGUGACUUCAGAGGAUGAAGACGGGCUGUGGUUUCUACAGCAACUGAAACUUGUGGUAAGGGACAGGGAGGUAGUCAUAGUUUCUGACAGAAAUGAAAUUAUACUAUCUAGCGUGGACAAUAUAUUUGGUGCGGAUAAUCAUGCCCAUUGUUAUCGUCACGUCCAAGAGAUUUUCAAUGACUAUAUUGAUACUAAUCAAGACUUUAAGUUGAAAAGUCAAGGAAGGGAGACCGCAUGUCGGUACCUCAAUGAAAUUGCUUUUGCGCGAACAUUGGAGGCAUAUAAUAACAACCUUACUAAAAUGCGCAUGUUUCGUAGGGAGUUGUAUAAUUGGGUGAUUGCGAGUGGACCAGAGCACUGGUGUAAUGCUUUGUUCAAAAAACCUCGUUGGGAUUGGCUGAAUAGCAACCUUGCGGAAUCCUUUAGCGCUUGGUCGGAAGAGGAGAGCAUGUUGCAAGUUCCAAAAAUGAUGGAGGCUCAUUGCAAGAGGUUAUCUGAGAUUCUAGUUAAUAAAAAGAACGAAUUAGGAAACUGGAAAUUUCCUUUUGGCCCUAAGAUUGUCGAUAAAGUUUGUGAGAACCAAAAGGUUGGUCAUGAUCUAGUUGCAACCUGUCAAUCCGUUGCUGAGUUUGAGGUACAGGAACAGCGUUUAGGGAAAGUCCUUGUGAAUCUCAAGUUUAGCACUUGUACCUGUUUGGAGUGGCAAAUGACUGGUAUUCCAUGUCCACAUGCAUGCUGUGCAAUUGCACUGGCUCACUUUGACGUGUACGAGUGGGUGGCAGCUUGGUACAAGAAGGAAGUGCAAGAGCUUAUAUAUGCUGAAGCCAUGUGUGAUGUUUCAAACAUGGAAUUGCGUUGUCCCAAUGAAGUUGAUACUGAUGGCUUUCCAAAGGAAGAAAAUGGCGAUGUUGUCCUUAGUCCGCGACCACCAAUAAUUAAAAAACGACCAGGCCGCCCACGGAAGAAUCCUAUCAAGCCUGAAGUCCGUCGUGUUAAAUGUGAUAUUCGAUGUUCUCGUUGCAAUGGUGUUGGGCACAAUCGUAAAACAUGCAAGUUUCAGGUAGUGAUCUCAUGAGAUUACUGCUGUCAAUUGACAAGUGUUGCUAAGAAGUUUCAGUGCACUGGAGUGGUCAUCUCAAUGAACUCAAUUGCUGCAACCAAGCAGGGUCUGAUAUCAGCUGCUGCAGGUACUACACACGCAUCUUGAUAACAGCUUUAUGCUUUGUGACUUUGAGGUGACUGAUCUACCUUUGUCUACAGAUACUGUAAUAUCAGUGCUAGCCCUUUCUUGUCUGCUUGGGAGUAUUUAGAAUGCAAAUUCCAAAAGAAUAUGCACAUGCCAUGUCUUCUUUAAGAACAGGGUAUGACAACAGCAUUCUGCUUUUUUUUGGUAUACAGGAAGCUGGUUUGUUGGAGUGGUUUUUUUUGGUUUACAGCAUUAUUACUACUCUUUUUCUGGAUUGGUUCUUGGAGUGGGCUUUGGCUGCCCCUGAUGAAAGAUAUGUUGUUGUGGGCAUUCUUGUUUGGGAAAAUGACGGCCCAGGACGUGUUUUGAUAAUAAUACCCGCUAAGGACAAGCUAAGAACAUUUGUUAAUGCUGAAAAUGUCCUUAACGGGUAUUAAUUAUCAAAACACGUCAUUUGCCAUCAUUUUCCCAAUUGUGGGAUCUGCGGUUACAUUGGAAUAGGGCUCAUUUUGGUGGUGUUCAACAUGCCAUUUCUCAAAUGAUCGAGAUGAUCAUGCAGAUUUCGGUUUCCGUGAAACAUUAUGUGGCGAAUUCUAGCAAUGGUGCAGCUGAAGAUACUCUUUUUCCUGCUCAUCCGAGACCAGUGGAUGAAUAUAUAUCUGGGCGCAAGAUGGACAGGUGAUGGGCCAGUGUAUGAACAGGUGCGAGGCUCAAAUUAUUGUGGAUGGCGCUUGGGAUCCAGGAGGAUUUAAGGGUGGUGCAGCUCGGGUGAUUCGGGACAGUGGCGGAGUGGUAGUGCGUGAAGAUAGUGUGUGAUUUCUUGCUGCUUCAGCGUUGCAAGCAGAAUAUAAGGCCUGUUUUGAAGUGGUGUUUUUGCAACAAUUUUCCCCGAGUUAGACUUCAAACAGAUUCCUUGUUCAUGACUUGCUUAAAGACAAAGCUUCCUAAUGGAGGCUAGAGGUCCCAUUGGCGGAUGUUAUUUCGUAUUGCCAAUCUCUUUCUUUUGUUUGUAUUUGCAAGGUUAAUAAGGAAGCCCAUACUCUUACCGGCAUUACUAGGGACUCUUCUCUCCCUUGGUUCUUUGGCUGGUUCUUUUUAUUCGGUUGCAUCCCUUGAACGCUCCCAUGUAGGCAACUGUGUUUCCCUCAAAAAGGAUGCUGGUUUGUGAUGGACAACAUUGCUUCAUCUGGCUACCAGGAACAUGCCGAAUUGAGUACAAUUUGUGGCCAAUGACGUUUUAUUUGAUCAUAUUUUUGCUAGAAUAUUUUGGUGGAAGUUGUUUCGACUCCAUUUUGCAUUCUUUU